CUACUUGAAGUAAUUGACCCGAAACUAUCUGCAGAUUUUGAUGAGCAAGAAAUUGAACAUUUGAUGAUUGUGGGGCUUUGGUGUGCUCACCCAGAUCCCAGUCACUGGCCUUCAAUUAGACAAGCAAUUCAGGUCCUCAAUUUUGAAGCCGCAUUGCCCAUUCAUCCGUCCCAAAUGCCAGUGCCUACAUAUACAGCUCCCUCAGCACAUAUGGCUACUUCCUCGCAGCUGUUGUCCUAUGGAACCAUUGUAUCCGAAAGCAUCUAG